AGUAUGUUUUAAUUUUUUAGGCCUUGGUGACAGUAAAGCUUGGAUUAGAUCUGGCUGUAUUAAUUGUAUGAACACCUAUGGAGAACUGUGUGCCUACAAAGAAUUUUUUGAAGCUGAAAUGAUUGCAGACGCGUUAAAAAUUGGUUCUCCAACUCUACGAACUGAAUUGUGGAAUUGGCUAGCUGAGAAAUUGCCAAAAAUGAAAUCCUUACCUAAGGAAGAACUUCAUGCUUGCAUUCCACACCUUUAUUCAAAUUUGGAAGAUCGGAAUGCGGAUGUGAGAAAAAACGCCCACGAAGCAGUCUUUGGCUUCAUGAUACAUUUAGGAUACGAUUCGAUGUUGAGGCAAAGUGAUAAACUCAAGCCUGGUUCGAAGACGACUAUUGUGGCCGCCUUAGAUAAAGCAAGGCCAAAUCUUCCCAUUAAGCCUCUGCCAAAAGCGAAGGCGUCUGAGGAGAAAGAAAAUAAGGUCGUUAGGGGUACGAAAUCAGCUACAAUUGUAAAACCUGGUACUAAAGCUAAGGUAAAAAGUUCAUAA